AGAGAAACAGUGGGACAAUAUUUCUAUUACAAUGGACAAGAUAAAGAACAAACUUCAAGAUCCAGGCGAUGACCUUGUUUUCUUUGUUAACGGCAAAAAGAUCACUGAGAGAAAUGCAGAUCCUGAAAUGACGCUUCUGACAUACAUCAGGAAAACAUUGGGUCUGAACGGAACCAAACUGGGAUGUGCUGAAGGUGGUUGUGGAGCCUGUACUGUCAUGGUGUCCAAAUACCAUCCACAUCGAAACCGGAUUAUUCACCAUGCGGUUAAUGCCUGUCUGGCUCCUCUGUGCUCUCUGCAUCACUGUGCAGUAACAACUGUGGAAGGUAUCGGCAGUGUGGCCAGCAAACUCCAUCCAGUACAGGAGCGAAUUGCAAAGGCUCAUGGGUCACAGUGUGGAUUCUGCACUCCAGGGAUUGUAAUGUCUAUGUAUGCUCUUUUGAGAAACAACCCUCAGCCCACCAUGCACGACAUUCAGGAGGCUUUUCAAGGCAAUUUAUGUCGCUGUACAGGGUAUAGACCUAUUCUGGAAGGCUACAGGACGUUUACAAAGGAUGGUGGAUGCUGUGGAAAAGGAAGAAUUAAUGGAUGCUGUAUGGCAAAUGGACACACACGGGAUCUUGUCAAUGUAAAUUCAACACUUCCAGCUCAGAAAUUGUAUAACCCAUCAGAGUUUAUGCCAUUAGACCCAACACAAGAGAUUAUUUUUCCUCCUGAACUCAUGAGUCUAAGUAAACAGCCACAGAGAGAGUUAAGGUUUAUGGGGGAGCGAGUGCUCUGGAUUCAGCCCAGCUCCAUCAAAGAACUCCUGGAACUAAAGGCCACCUAUCCCAACGCUAAACUAGUGGUUGGGAACACAGAAGUUGGUAUUGAGAUGAAGUUCAAAAACCUUCUUUAUCCUGUGAUUCUGGCACCACCUUACAUUCCAGGACUGAACAGCAUCCAACAUACCCGAGAUGGCAUUAGGGUUGGAGCAUCAGUGACAUUGACUCUGCUAGGAGAUGUGUUGCGUGAAGCAGUAAAGAAUCUGCCUACUCAUCAGACGGAGGUCUUCAAGGGCGUUCUGGAGCAGCUGCGCUGGUUCGCGGGACAGCAGAUUCGAAAUGUCGCAGCUGUUGGGGGAAAUAUUAUGACUGCGAGUCCCAUUUCAGACCUCAACCCCGUGUUCAUGGCUGCAGGCUGCAAACUUACAGUGAUGUCCAAAGGGGGAGAACGGGUUCUUGAGAUGGAUGACAAAUUCUUUCCCGCUUAUAGAAAGACUGUUUUGAGGUCAGAUGAGAUUUUGUUGUUCAUUGAGAUUCCAUACACAAGAAAGGGACAAUAUUUCUCAGCUUUCAAACAAUCCCCUCGCAAAGAGGACGACAUCUCCAUCAUCACAUGUGGAAUGAACGUUUGCUUCCAGGAGGGGUCCAACAUUGUCCAGAAUAUCCGAAUAAGCUAUGGAGGAAUGGCUCCUGUUACUGUCAUUGCCACGGCUACAUGCAACAGGUUGCUCAACAGGCAAUGGAACGAUGAGCUCCUACAGGACGCCUGCACCUCAUUGGCUGAGGAGAUGAGUCUGUCUCCCUCAGCUCCUGGUGGAAUGGUGACAUACAGACGCACACUGACCAUCAGCCUCUUCUAUAAGUUCUUCCUCACUGUCCAGCACAGACUGGCUCUGGACUUGCAGAAGGAGGGUAUUGUUUUUGAAGACAUCAGACCUGAUUAUGCUAGUGUUACUGAGCUCUUCCAGAUAGACUCACCAUCCAGUGUACAGCUAUACCAGUCAGUUCCAUCUGGUGAGAAUGGUGAAGAUGUCAUGGGCCACCCGAUUAUGCACCUCUCCGCUCUGAAGCAGGCCACAGGAGAAGCUGUCUAUUGUGAUGACAUCCCUUGCUAUGAAAAUGAACUCCAUUUGGCAUUGGUCACCAGCACUAAAGCUCACGCCCUUAUAAAAUCCAUCGACACUUCCGAUGCAAUGGAAGUUCCUGGAGUGGUAACAUUUAUUUCUGCCAAGGAUGUCCCUGGAAGUAACCUGACAGGACCUGUCGUCUACGAUGAGACAGUCUUCGCCGAUGAUAAGGUCACAUGUGUGGGACAUAUAGUGGGGGCCAUUGUGGCGGACACACAGGCUCAUGCUCAGAGAGCAGCCAAGGCUGUCAAGAUAAACUGUGAAGAACUACAGCCUGUGAUCGUCACCAUUCAGGAUGCUAUUACCCACAAUUCCUUUUAUCGCCCAGUAAGGACUAUAGAGAGUGGAGAUGUAGCACAAGGAUUUAAAGACUCGGAUCACAUCCUGCAAGGUGAGAUGCACAUUGGAGGACAGGAGCACUUUUACCUGGAGACUAACUGCACGAUAGCUGUCCCUCGUGGAGAGGACGGGGAAAUGGAGCUGUUUGUCUCCACACAAUCUGCCUCUAAGACUCAGGCCCUGGUAGCGAAAGCUUUGGGAGUUCCAGCCAACCGAGUGGUGUGUCGUGUGAAGAGGAUGGGAGGUGGAUUUGGAGGGAAGGAGAGUCGUAGCACCAUUCUGUCCACAGUGGUGGCUGUUGCUGCACAAAAGGUUAAGCGACCAGUGCGCUGCAUCUUGGAUCGUGAUGAGGACAUGCUGGUUACAGGCGGUCGGCAUCCAUUCUUUGGAAGGUACAAGGUUGGGUACAUGAACAAUGGAAGAGUGAUGGCAGUUGAUGUGACUUUAUAUAGCAACGUAGGCAAUUCUAUGGAUCUUUCCUUGUCAAUCUUGGAGAGAGCCCUAUUUCACAUGGAUAACUCCUAUAAUAUUCCUAACAUUCGUGGCACAGGCUACAUGUGUAAAACAAACCUGCCGUCUAACUCUGCGUUCAGAGGUUUUGGUGGGCCGCAGGGUAUGAUGAUAGCGGAGAGCUGGAUGAGUGAUGUGGCUCAUAGCUGCGGUUUGCCUGCUGAAGAGGUGAGAAGACUGAAUAUGUACAAACAGGGAGACCUCACACCCUUUAAUCAGUGCCUGGACCAGUUCACCAUUGACCGCUGCUGGGUGGAGUGCAUGGAGAUCUCAGACUUCAGCAAGCGCAAGGCUGCCGUAGAGCAAUACAACAGGCAGCAUCGUUGGACCAAGAGAGGCCUGUCCAUCAUUCCCACCAAGUUUGGCAUCAGCUUCACUGCCGUCUUCCUCAACCAGGCAGGAGCUCUGGUACACGUGUACACAGAUGGUUCUGUUCUCUUGACUCAUGGUGGAACAGAAAUGGGACAAGGCCUGCACACUAAAAUGAUCCAGGUGGCCAGUAAAACGCUCGAAAUUCCCUGCACAAAGAUUCACAUCACAGAGACCAGCACUAACACUGUUCCCAACACCAGCCCUACGGCCGCUUCAGCAUCAUCUGAUCUUAACGGCAUGGCUGUUUUUAAUGCUUGUCAGAAGUUGUUACAGAGACUUCAGCCAUACAAAGACAAGAACCCAAAAGGAGGUUGGGAGGAAUGGGUAAAAACAGCAUACUUUGACAGAGUAAACUUGUCUGCCAAUGGAUUUUACAAGACUCCAGAUCUCGGCUAUGAUUUCGACACAAAUUCAGGAAGGGCGUUCAACUACUUCAGUUACGGCGUGGCAGUUUCAGAGGUGGAGAUAGAUUGUCUCACUGGCAGUCAUAAGAACCUUCAUACCUCCAUUGUUAUGGAUGUUGGCAAGAGUUUAAAUCCCGCACUGGAUAUUGGACAGGUGGAGGGUGGCUUCAUGCAGGGUUUAGGCCUGUUCACUCUGGAGGAACUACGAUACUCUCCUGAAGGUUACCUGUACACUCGAGGACCUGGAAUGUACAAGAUUCCUGCCUUUGGGGACAUCCCCGUUGAAUUAAAGGUGUCGCUGCUGAGAGACGCUCCUAAUGAAAAGGCCAUCUUCUCCUCAAAGGCUGUUGGGGAGCCUCCUCUAUUUUUGGCAGCUUCAGCAUUUUAUGCCAUUAAAGAUGCCAUCGCCUCUGCCAGGGCUGAGUCCGGCCUCACUGGACCCUUUAGGCUGGAUAGUCCCGCCAUGCCUGAACGCAUUCGAAAUGCCUGUGAGGACCGAUUUACUAAACUGUGUCCUCCUGCAGAACCUGGCACCUUUACUCCAUGGGCUGUGCAGGUAUAAGACCCAGCAAGUCUGAUUUAAAGGACUUCAGCAUCUAAGAGCACUUAACGGCUGUGUUUGAUUGCACAAGGGAACAAAGACAUUGUGAUUCACAAUAAUUGCCAUAGGAAUUGAAUACUUGAGGAUUUUUUUCUGAGCAGAUGAUCUGUGGAUGCUAAAGCUUUUGUGACCUUAUAUAUUUGGUUUCAGUUACUCUCAAUGAAAGUUACAUUCUAUGAACAUAUUUUAAGUUUUUAACCAUUGAUGCAUUUAUUUGGGCAAUGAUCAAAAGCUAAUUUCACAAUCAAAAGUGUUUGGAAAGAAGCUGGUAAUGUGAUAUCAUUAUGUCAAGGUGCUGUUAAAUUUUAUUAUGUGGAUCUAUUCAUUUUUGUUAAUGCAUCUUUAAAUACAGAUUAUGCUAACUUACUAAUGUUA